UGUUGUUGUUCCUGUUCUGUCUUCAGAUGUCAUCCUCCGGAAGGUCAAGUUACACGCCGUCCUUCUCGUGGUCCUCUCCGAGUUCGUCCUUUCCAAGUUCUGUUUCGUUCUCUCCGAGUUCAUCCCUUCCAAGUUCUCCGAGUUCUGUUUGGAGGUGCUCUUCCAGCUCAAGGAGCCCCCAACGGAGCCCCCAGCGGCCUAUGAACAAUUUGCUUGGUAGGAGAGGGCGAACUCCUAUUUCAGGAAGAGGGCAUCAAACAAUUCCUCUGCACCACAGAACCCCCAGCUACUCACCUCCUCGUAGAUCUCGUAUGUACUCUAAUCAUCGGAGGCAUUAUAGUCGGUCACCUAGUUAUUCAUCUGACCUAAGCAGGAGAAGGUCAUACUCUCCACAUUACAGUCGUCGGAGGGCAUCUCCUUCCUACAAUCGUCGGAGGGCUAUCUCUUUACUACAGUCGGCUGCCCAAAACAUACUGUGCUCAGUGCAAUCGGUAUAGACCUUACUCUUACAGCAGGUCACCAGUGAGACACCGUUACCUGGCCGACUCACCAUAUGACUCCAGAGAGUAUUCACCAGAUGAUUCUUACCACGUAAGAAGGUAUCGCCAUGGAAGGCGGUCUCCUAGUCCACUUGGGGCAAGGAGAAGGUCAAGGAGGAGCUACUCGCAUAGUGUCUCUCCUAGGCCUAGGAGGAGUUACAGGAGGAACUACCCCAGACUUUCUCCUGAACCAAAAAGGAGGACGGUAAGGGAGAGCUACUCUCCAAGUUCAUCUCGUAGACACAGGAGCUUGAGGUCUUACAGGCGUUCGCCUGGGUGAAGAUAUUCCACCAAUACUGACUGGAGUUACUACGAACCGAAGCAGGCUGAGUGCAAGUUUCAGAUUCGGUUCAAGAUAUGCUACUCUUAGGUCUAACUUCACCUUCAUCAUGAAAGGUGUUUAUUCUGCACAUCUAGCUUUUUAAGGGGUUUGCUAUUUGGUGAUGUUGGUAAUGGCGGACAAUUGAGUUUGGGAUUGUACUUCACUCUUGAGAUGCUGGUAUUCUUAGAAAAGAUUCCAACUAAAUAAUAAUAUACCGAAAU